UCUGAAGUCUGAAGAAACGAUUGGCUGGGAGUAGAUAACUCAUCCAAUCAAAUAUGUUGUCAAGACAAGCUUUCUUAGCGGAAGAAGAGUACUGGUAACUCCCCUUUGGAUAAACAAACAUGGCGGCCUCCGUGCAAGUUCUGUGUCCAAACGGAAGAAGACAAAAUGUUAAAAUUACUCCAAAUACCAAACUUCUGCAGAUUCUGGAGGAAGUUUGUCAACGGCAAGGCUUCAUCCCACCUGAGGAUUACAAACUAGUACAUGGAAGAAAGGAGCUGGAUCUAAGCUUGUCUGUGAGAUUUUCCAGCAUACCCAACAAUGCUAAGCUGGAGCUAGCCAAAUCUUCUGCUGCAAGGGUGGAGCAGGAUGUCACCAUUGCUUUGCAGCUUGACUCAGGUCAAAGACUACAGGAUAGCUUCCCUCCAUCAGUUGAUCUCUGGAGUAUUCUCAUCCACUUUGAAAGCAAGAACAGUGAGCACAAAGGUGUUCUCACAAGAGUGGACAGCAGUCACACACCUCCUCUCCACCCAGUUUGCAUCUUCAUGCGGGAAGAAGUAAUAGGUGAGCCUGCAUUGAAAGCCACCACUUUGAGGAAACUGGCCCUGACUUCAGGGAAGGCAAUAAUUAGGCUGUUACAUCGUCCCGUGGACGGAGAGGUUAUGUCCAAGAUUGUUGAUGAUGUGGCGAAAGACAAACAGAAACAAGCUAGACUAGAAGAAAUAGCCUUGAAGAAAAGUGAGCAGCUUCAGGAUAGGGGGACACCUACAGAGGGCGCAGCGGCCCAAAAUCCUGGAGCGGAACUACGGGGAAGAGAUAUGGACGAGAAAUCGACGGGAUCCCCCUUGGCGAGUGUGGCAGAAGAGAGUGUGGUAACUAGUGACAUGGAUGUUUCUGAGACGCCAGUGACCUCCGACCCCUCUAAGAGCUCUAUUUCUACUGAGAGUUCCUCGGGGAAGAAGGAUAUCUCGGAACCGAUGGAGGAAGGACCUGAGUCUGUCACAUCGUCUACUUCAGACUCAUCCAGUUUUGUGUCACCCCUUGCUGAGAACUCACAAAAUCAGUCGAGAGACAGACCCACCAACUCAUCCUCUCGGGGAGCAUCUGCUAUAGAUGAGCUUCGUAAUCUCAACAUUCCUGGAGUGGAAGUGUUUACGCCGGAUGACUUUAGUGAUCUCAGUCCUCAGGAGCAAGCAAUGGCGAGACGGCUAGCACAGCGACUGUUGCCUCAGCUACAGCAUGUGAUGGUUUCCUCAAUGGACGCCUCUCCCUCGCCUCCACGAAGACCUAGGAGCGUUGAAGCACCACCUUCAUUUGCUGACUUCAAGUUUCCUGAAUCAACCCGAGGCCAAGAUUUGACCAGUGCCAACAACUCGAAUUUUGAUCCACGACUAUGUGCGCCUUGUGAGAGAGAGGUGAUGAUAUACAGCACUGAGGAGUCUUUGACACAGUCACAACAACAAGAACUGAGUGACGAUUUCUUUGAAGUAACCACUGAUGAUGUAAAGAAAAUGUAUCGGGAUUUGCAGAACGCCGUUCAGCAGAUGGAAGAGCAACCACUGAUGACCCAGUCGUUACGAAAUGCCCAAGCAGAGGCUGCCUUUGACCACUAUGACCGUGUGGUCAUCCGCAUUCAGUUCCCUGACCGACUGGUGCUGCAAGCCUUCUUUAGACCCAGGGAAAAUGUUUCAGCUCUACACGCCAUUGUCAAGGAGUAUCUACAGGACAAAACGGACAAGUUUUAUCUGUAUACGUCUCCACCAAAAACUGUUCUCUCUGGUAUGGCAACAUCACUGGCAGUGAACCAUUUAGCACCUGCAGCUCUGGUGUAUUUUGGCUGUAACACUCAGCGAGAACACUAUCUGCGAGAAGAUGUGAGAUCCGAUCUCAGUUCCCGCCUGAAGGCAGAGCUGGCAGUCAGCAAUGCGCUUCAUGGUGGUGAGUCUGGCCAGCCGUCAGGCACGGGGUCACCAGCCAAUGGCACCUCACAGCCAGGACCAUCUGGGGUGGGGAGGCAGGCGGGGGUUGCAUCGUCAUCCUCUGGGUCGUCAUCCUCUGGGUCGUCAUCCCGGAGCUCUAGACCUGCCAACCUCCCGUCAGGCACACAAGUUCCCAAGUGGUUGAAACUCAGCAAAAAGUGAUUGUCACUGAAAAUGGAGUGUGUAUGUACCAUGGACAGACAGAUCACAAGAAGUGAUGCCAAAGGAUGUGGGUAAUGGUGAGAGAGAAGCCGGAAUCAAUGAAUGAUGCUGAAGUUGUUAUUUCAUAUGUGUAGUGGCUUUGAAGAUGCCACUAUUACAUCAGAACUUUUCUUAAUAUUUAUAAGUGGUGCAAUAUUUUGUGCUAUUUUUGUCUUGUCAAGCUGGAUAUGAAAGGGAUUGUUUUGCCACAUAAAUGGGUCUUUUUUGUUUGUUUUGGGGUCAUAUGUGUAACUAAGAGAUGUUGCACAGAUGCAUGUUUCCUUUUCUUUCUUUUUUCCUGGUAUGUCAUCAUGGAUUUAAAUGUUAUAGCUUUGUUCAUCAUCUGUGAUUUUUCAAUGUUUGAAACUGUAAUUUGUUAUGAAAUGCCAUGUAAGUGUAGGUCUAUUGCUUAUUGCCCUAAAUUUUGAAGUCUGCAAUGUUGUUUUUCAUAGAAUGCUGUACAACUAGUUUAUCUUUUUUUAAAAGGAUACUCAGUCAGUACAUAAUAUGUUUUAUUGUUGGAAUGCAUUUAUAAUUACAUGCUUUUGUUCAAAACAUAGGCGUAUAUUGCUCAGCUUGUUUACUAAUAACAAACUUUUGUUUCCUGGUCUGGUGCUAUUUUUAUCUGUUGUGAAAGAAAUGCCCUGGAGAAGGGGUAGAAAGAAAAUAGAUCUCUAGAGAAUAGACAUGUCUCCAAAUAUUGUCAAUGCGAAUUUAAAGAAGUGGCACGUUAAUUAAUUUUUUGAGCAGGAUCAGAUAUUUUUUGAAAGGAUCAGUUUCAAAGAAUCAGUUCAAAUGCAUAAGAAACAAGUAUAGAAAUAUCGUUUGAAAGUUGAAAAUUUCACUUUUUAGUAAUCACCCAACAAAACAACAAAUGAAUCCACCCAAAAGCCACCAUUUAUGGAUGGAACAGAACCAUAGAAGGACAGUGCAGAUGCAGAGCUUGCCAAUUGUGUUCUCCAGCUGAUAUGGUUGUUUUUCUACUCCAUUCUGAAAUAUAAUCUAUAAAAAGUAUCUGUGGUUGGUGCGUCUUCGUGCAAAGUUUACUUUGCAGACAACUUGCAAAUAUGUCUGUUAUGUGAUGAAUUGGAACUGAGUCAGAUUUUUCUUGUUGGUUUUGUCAGUUCAAGUGAUAAGGGUACUGAAGACCAACGUUUGUUGUGUAGUGGUAAGGCACUUUGCCGCCGCAUGCAGAAAACUCGUGUUUGAUUCCCUUGAAGAGAGAAUUUUGAUUGAAUAUGUUCUGUCUUUCUGACCUGGCCCUGACAGGCAGGAUUGAAGCCAGCCUCGUAAGAGACCGUACACCAAUGGCGUCAUCUAAGAUUUGGCCAAAAAUGGCCCCCCCUCCCCUUGUCAUCAUUUGUCAUCUUUCGCAGCCCCCCCAUUGACGUUAACCACAAUGUACAUGUACAUUUAGAUAGAACCUGUCCAGGAUGCUUUUUAUUAUAUUUACACCUUUGAUCUUUUUUUUUUUAAUUUAAAAAAUAAAAAACUAUUGUUUAUUAAAAAAUACAACAAAGAAAUAACGAACCUGAACUGUCAAAUUAUGUAUCAGCAACUUUAACCAAUCAAAAUAAUUAACUGUAAAUUUUAGGCCC